CUGAUCUCAGUUCAGACAGAGAGAGGAAGAGCGGAACACGAUGUGUGUUUAUGUCAGUUUGUGAAGAUCGCAUGUGAUGAUCUUUGUUCUCUUCUCGAUCGAAACUCUCUGAUUUCUCAGCGAUGGAGCAGAAGAAGACGGUUAUCGUGACAGGCUUUGAGCCGUUCGGUGAACACGCCGUCAACGCCAGCUGGGUGGCAGUACAGGAGCUGGAGAAACUGGGCUUGGGUCACGAUAUAAACCUUCACGUCGCUGAAGUUCCUGUGGAGUAUCAGGCGGUCCAGAGGCUUCUGCCGUCUCUAUGGAAACAGCAGCUUCCUCAAUUAGUGGUCCAUGUUGGAGUGUCCGGGAUGGCCUCGACCGUAACGCUUGAACAGUGUGGUCAUAACCAGGGUUACAUGCGGCUGGAUAACUGCAGCUUCUGUCCGGAGUCACGCUGCUGUCUGGAGGGAGGACCGGACUGCAUUCAGUCCGUCAUAGACAUGGACACGGUCUGCAAGAGAGUCAACUCCUCCAGCCUCGGCGUCUCUGUGUCUGUGUCCAAGGACGCCGGCAGGUAUCUGUGUGACUACACCUACUACACGUCUCUGUUUCUGGGCGAGGGCAGGUCUGCGUUUGUGCACGUUCCUCCUCUGGGGAAGCCCUACAGCGCGGAGCAGCUCGCUCGGGCCCUCAGGGCCGUCAUCCUGGAGAUGCUUGAACUGAUGGAGCACAGCAAGGGAAAGAAACACUGCAUGCACGACCAGUGAGAGCACAGGCCGAGUCUCGUACGCAGUUCUGUAG